CUGCAGGAGGCUGCGAAGAGGCGGACAUUAGCAGUCCAUGUGAGAGAGCGAGCGGAAACUUUCGCUACUACGAUGAACGUCCACCUUGGCUAGAUAUACCUACCGACACGCCAGCAAGAGGCGGAUACACCAUUGGCAAGACGUACAUGGAGGCGGCCCAUCGAAAUGGCCAGCGAUCACCUGGCAAGGUGAGACUGGCAAUGUGCAAAGUGAAAUGUCUUCCGUUAUCGCCACUCGCAUCGCACUGCUUCCACUUGUCACACGAGGAGAUUCCGCGACUAGACCUCGCAGGUGUGCGAGCCUUGGCCAAUGUGAAGCUCAUGAUCGCGUGGGAGGAGGCAACAUAAUGUCACACGGCCACCGAGCUUCCCACAAAGUUGACACCAGGGCAGUCCAGCAGGCCCGGAUCUUCCCGGUCGCAGUGCGUUGCGAUGCGAACCGAGGUGGUGAUGGCGCUCUGGUUCGACAGACUCGGGACAAGGUUGAACGGUGCCUGGAUCUAGCUGUGCCCAGAGCACAUGAUCGCUGCUCGGAAAGGGGGAGGAGACCUGGACAAGUUUAAGACAUGACGAUAUUCAUGUUCCAGGGGCGCGAGGUACGUCAUAUCCAGUCGUCGGUCGCAUCAGCCUGUGCUCGCUGGAUCAGGGGAUGUCUCUCUGCGAUUCUUUCCU